CAAGCGGCCAUCUAUCUUCUUGUCAUGUACCUGCAGCUGCACGUUGCCUACUUUCUCCUUGGACGCAUUUUGAGUGGCCUUAUGGGAGACUACAACCUGAUCCUGGCCAGCUGCUUCGCCUACGUGGCCGACACCAGCGACAAACGCACGCGUACCUUUCGCGUCGCCAUCCUCGAGGCAUGCCUCGGCAUCGCGGGCAUGCUGGCCAGCAUCGGUGGUGGCCAGUGGCGCAAGGCUCAGGGGUACAUCAACCCCUUUUGGCUUGUGCUUGCUGCCAGUCUUGCUGCCACUCUCUACGCUGUUUUCUGUCUUCAGGAAUCGGUGAAGCAGCAGAAACCAGCCAAGCUGUUCACGCUCAGUCAUUACAAGGCUGUCUACAGGCUGUACACGGCCCCAGAACAACUGAGCUCCAGGUGGAAGCUCGCUCUUUACUCCCUGGCUUUCUUUCUUCUUGUCACAGUACAUUUUGGAACCAAGGACCUCUUUGUUUUGUACGAGCUUGGCUCCCCUCUCUGCUGGGCCUCUGACCUCGUUGGGUACGGCGCAGCCGCCAGUUACCUGGCUUACCUGAGCAGCCUGGGAGGGCUGCGGCUGCUGCAGCUCUGCCUUGAAGACACCUGGGUGGCAGAGAUAGGAUUGAUCUCCAACAUUUCUGGACUGGUUGUCAUUUCUCUUGCUACUACAACACCACUGAUGUUUACAGGUUAUGGGAUUCUGUUCCUUUCCAUGGCAGCCACUCCAGUCAUCAGAGCCAAGCUCUCCAAGCUGGUCAGUGAGACGGAACAGGGUGCUCUCUUUGCUUCUGUUGCCUGUGUGGAAGGGCUGUGUUCACUUGUGGCUACAGGAGUGUUCAAUUCUCUCUACCCUGCCACCUUGCACUUCAUGAGGGGAUUCCCAUUUCUCUUCGGGGCUAUAAUUCUCCUUCUUCCAGCAGCUAUUAUUGGGUGGAUAGAAAUCUGGGAUUCAAACCAUGAGUACAGUCACUUCUCAGAUGCUUCCCUGUCCCCUGCAGAUGGCUGAGCAGCAAGGAGUUGGCCAGCUCAGCAGUGUCCAUCUGAAGACUGCUCUUUAUUCUUCCCUUGAAGGACAGAUUAGUGUGGGAGGAACACC